AUGUACAUCGUCGCCUUCCUCCACGGUGUGCUGGCGACGGUGCUGCUGCUCUGCGCCACCAUCGGCCUGGUCCUAUGGCAUGUGUUGAAUCCAAACCCGGACCGCCACACGCCGAAUCUGUCUGCCCGGCUGGCCCAACUCCGGGGCUACUUCCGCUCGGUCACAGUGUACCUGGCCCGGCUUCGGGUGGAGCCCUUCGGCCUGGACCACCAGGAGUUCCCCCCGGAACAGGCGGACCUCGGUCACCCUCUGAGGGACCCGAACUUCUCCUUUGAGGAGGCGGAAGAGGAUCCCCAUGGGCAGCUGGAGCCUGGCAAAGGCCGGCCCUUCGAUCCGGCCGGGGCGCACGGCACAUCGGCCGCUCGGCGCCCGGAGGACCGAGACCGAGAGAACUCCUACGAUUUGUUUGUCAUGCGACAGGGAGGUCACGCAGGAUCGACACCAUUGUCGACCGCCGCCGCUUCGGCCCCCCCCGUGACAUCCUUCCACUGGUGCGAGUCGGACAUCAGUGACUCCUCUUCCGAUCAGUGGUCCGAUUCGGAUGAGCUGGACGAGGACCAUCCGCGAGAUGCCGGCCCUGGGGCCCGGCCAUUGGCCGAUGCUCACCGGCGUGCUGGCACCACGCCGGGCCCCAUCGGCGAGGACUCCGACCACGACUGGGACCUGGCCGACGUCCAGGGGGAUAUGCUGUUCAAUCGGGCUGCGCGACGCAGUGGCGCCCUCGAGCCGCCGAUCCUCAUUGAGGAAUGCUCCUUCGCUCGGAUCUCCGGCGUUUGGAGCCUGGACAUGAUGUCCACCCUGUCGGCGAGUAUCUUGCCGGCGGACGUCGAGCAGACCGCCACCAAGCUCAUGUCCACAUGGCGGUCUUUCACCCCCUCAGCCAGCCGCUCGGCAGCCGGCACCGUGCACGCUGCUCCGGUGUCACCGACCUUUUCGCGGGGCGCCUCGCACGCGGUGCCCUCCUCUUCUUCCCCGCCGCUGACCGGCCCUGGGGGCGUGGCAGCCGGGGCCACAUCCCCGCCGAUGUCCUUCGGCCCGGACACCAGUGCCAGUGGCAGUCUGCGCAUGCGCCGCACCCGCUCUUACACGGUCGAUGGGUCCCACUUGCCGGGGACAGACGGUGCUGACGCCAGUUCGGCGGCGACGCCCCCCGGGCGCGGGUCCACCACGUCCGCUCUGCCGAGCAGCCCCACGCACCAUGGCACACCCUCGGGAUCGGGGCCAGGUGACAGCCGAUCUGCUGGCGCGGCAGCCAUCGGCGGCGCAGGCGCGCAUGCUGCCGCUCCGCCCCCGCCGGCCAGUGCCGCUGGGCAGGCCGCCUCUGCGGCGAUUCCGCUGCCGACCACCUUCCCCGUCUUCUGGGUGGUCCUGCGCAACAACUACCUUCACAUUUAUGCCCCAUGCGAUCGAGCCAACAUCGACUCUCCGGCCGGGGGAUCAGGCUUUGGCCAUGGGUCUUCCGGCCGCCGAUACUCCGAGCCGCUGGUCAGCAUUCGUCUGGAUCGGGCCCGGAUCUCUCGCUGGCCGGCGGACCUUCAUCGAUCGGAGUACUGGCUGCCACGCAUGCCUCUGCAAAUCUCCCUGUCGGAGGACGUCCUCGCCGAGCCGGCUCCUCUGCCAACGGCUCCGGCUGCCAGCGGCCCUGGGCAUGCGCCGGAGCCCCUGCCCCGGUCAUCUGCGUCCGGUAGUUUGGCCAGCCGAUCGCUCAGCGGCAUGUCCCCCCUGUCGCCGAUGCCCUUCCCCGCGCCGUGGACCAUCUCGCCGACGUCGACGGUCCGGUCUUCGACAUACGUCGGGUCGGCUGGCAUGUUCACCACGGCCACCGCCGACGGGCGCGCCUCCACCACGACCGGAGACACCGCGGCACAGACGGCCGCCGAACGGCGCAAGUUGGCCCGACUGGCCCGGUGGCGCGAGCGUCGCAUGCGCAAGCUCCGAGCCUUCCUAAACCUGUGGGGCGGCGGCCCCACCUUCUACAUCACACUCCUGUCGUUACCCAUUGACAAGGAGGAUUGGUUCUACUCGCUGCGCCGGGCUUCACGUCUGGCCAUCGACUCGGCCUCGGCACUAUAUGAUAUUCAGGUGCAACGGCAGCGUCCAUACAUGGAAACCCUUGUGGAGCUCCUGGCACAUGACUCCAUGGCACCGGAGUUGCGCUGGUUCAAUGCCCUUCUUGGACGCGUGUUCUGCCACCUAAAUGACCAGGGCGGCAUGGCACCCGCACUGAAAAACUCCUUCAAUGAGGCCAUCACCCGGAAGCUCACUCGUUCCAAGGUUCCCUCUUUCAUUAAAGCCAUCAAGGUGGACGAUGUCACUCUGUCUGGCCAUGUGCCAGUGAUUGUCAGCACCUCACUGGAGAGUGUCAGUGCUGAUGGCCAGGUG